UCUCUCUCUGUUAUUUCCGCUUUGUGUUAGCUCCAACUCUCGAUUUCACCGUCACGAUUUGGUUUUAAAUCCUUUAACAAAACCUCCCAUCACUAAAAACUUAACUAGAACCUCUUUUCGUUUUUUUUUUUUUCUGAUUUUUGAUGGCUUCAGUUACUAUCCCACUUUACUCUUCGAUCAAAACUCCUGGUAUCUCUUCACUCUACUUAUCAAAGAGCAAGGUUUCAUCAUCAAGUUAUGUUCAACUUAAAACUGGGUCACUUGCUUCGAAAGCCACGCACUUGGAGUUCUCCCCGUUAACUGAGAAAAAAGAAUCUCCUUUGAGGGUUAAUUUUUCCAGCGAGUUGUUGAGAUUUACAGGCUGGAGUCAACAAAUAAGGCGGCGAAAUACCGUUGACUUUCCGGUUGUUUCAGCUGCUGCAGCGGAUGCAGAUGGUCGUGAGAUUGAGAUUUCUGAUGGGUAUGCGAAGCCUUUAAAGAGCUUUGGUGAGAGAUUUCCUGCAUUGGUUACUGGCUUCUUUUUCUUUAUGUGGUACUUCUUAAAUGUCAUCUUCAAUAUACUCAACAAGAAGGUCUACAAUUACUUCCCAUAUCCAUAUUUUGUUUCUGUUAUACAUCUUCUAGUUGGAGUUGUAUACUGUCUUAUUUCUUGGGGUUUUGGUCUACCCAAGCGUGCUCCAAUUGAUAAGGAGCUCUUGUUACUAUUGACGCCGGUUGCAUUCUGUCAUGCCCUUGGACAUGUCAUGUCCAAUGUAUCAUUUGCCGCUGUUGCUGUAUCUUUUACUCACACCAUUAAAGCUUUGGAGCCAUUCUUCAGUGCUGCUGCUUCUCAAUUUGUUUUGGGCCACCAGAUUCCCUUGUCCUUGUGGUUAUCAUUGGCUCCUGUUGUUAUUGGUGUUUCAAUGGCUUCACUGACUGAACUUUCUUUCAACUGGACUGGUUUCAUCAGUGCAAUGAUUUCAAACAUUGCAUUUACUUACAGAAGUAUCUAUUCAAAGAAAGCAAUGACAGGUAUGGACAGUACAAAUGUGUAUGCUUACAUUUCAAUAAUUGCCCUCAUAGUCUGCAUCCCGCCAGCAGUGCUUAUUGAAGGCCCCCAGCUGAUGCAAUAUGGUUUCAAGGAUGCAAUUGCUAAAGUGGGUCUAACCAAAUUCUUAUCUGAUCUGUUCUGGAUUGGAAUGUUUUAUCAUUUAUACAAUCAGCUUGCGACUAACACAUUGGAAAGGGUUGCACCACUCACACAUGCGGUUGGAAAUGUUCUCAAGAGAGUCUUCGUUAUUGGUUUCUCUAUUGUGGUAUUUGGCAAUAAGAUCUCCACACAAACUGGGAUUGGUACCGCUAUAGCAAUUGCAGGUGUUGCCAUCUACUCCCUCAUAAAAGCAAACAUGGAAGAGCAAAAACGAAGAGCUGCUUUGACUGGUGCUUCAUAGGAGGAAAUGGUUAGAGUUUGAGUAUAAUGCAGAGCCUUGUCUAUUAACGAGAGUAAUAAAGGAGAUCCGCAUUAAAAGGUGGGAUGGAAUCUUCAUAACCGGACUUACAGAGUUGAUGCUGGUAAUUGACUUGGAAAAGUAGUAAACAAUGGAUAUCAAGUCUCAAAAAAUGGCUUUAUCCAGUGAGAAAAUAAGAUAUGAACUCAUUUUGGAUUAAUUAUGUAUGUAAUAUGCUAUUGGGUAAGCAAAUAGCAUCAGUCAAAUUUAAAGUUACUUAUUAAACAAAGUGAAUUCUUUUUCCAGAGCUCA